AUGAGCUCUCGACCGGUUCGAAUAGCAGGUGCCUCCGGCUCCGCAUCAGACCGCCGCCAUGCCAUCGCAGAAUUCGCCCACAACUAUCCUCGCGAUCCCGUGGAUGUCAUAAUCGCCGAUUUCAUGAGCGAAGCCAACAUGGUAGUUGCUGCCGGACGUCGAGUCGAUUUAGACAAGGCACGCUCUAAAUCGGACAUGUCUGGUAACAACACUGAUAUACCACCGGGAUAUGAGCCGUCUUUCCUUUUGGCCCUGGAGCCGGCCCUGGAAGAUCUGGCGAAGUACCGCAUCAAGCUCGCUGUUAAUGCAGGGAACACGGACACUCAGGGACUGUAUGAGGUGGUGACGAGCAUGGUUCGUGCGAAAGGGUUGGAUCUGAAGGUGGCCUGGGUAGCUGGAGACGAGGUUUUGGCCACGGUCCAAACGGCGCUGGCAGCAGGCAAGUCGUCUUUCAGAAACAUUUACACCAACGAGGUACUUUCAGACUGGUCGUUCGAACCGAUCUUUGCGCAAUGCUACCUCGGAGGCCUUGGCAUUGCGGCUGCCUUUGCUGAAGGGGCCGACAUUGUACUCUGCGGACGAGUGUCUGAUGCAUCUCCGGUGAUUGGAGCGGCAUACUGGUACCACAGAUGGCAGCGGAGCGACCUUGAUAAGCUCGCCAACGCCUUUGUCGCGGGACAUCUCAUUGAGUGCAGCAACUAUGUCUGCGGAGGCAACUUUACAGGCUUCAAAGAACUAGAGCACGUCGGCAGAGACGGCUGGUCUAACAUCGGCUACCCCAUCGCCGAGAUAUCAGCAGAAGGCAAGGUCGUCAUUACAAUGCAGUCAUAUACCAGCGGGGGCGCCGUCACGGUGGAUACCUGUUCGUCCCAGCUACUAUACGAGAUCCAAGGUCCCUGGUAUUUCAAUUCGGACGUUACAGCCAUCCUAACAGACAUCCACUUCGAGCAACUGGGCACCAACCGCGUGGCUCUCCACGGCGUCCGCUCCGCUCCGCCACCCCCAACCACAAAGGCCGGCAUCACAGCCCGCGGCGGCUUCCAAGCAGAGGCGUCCUAUUUCCUCGUGGGCCUUGACAUCGACGCCAAAGCCCGCAUGCUAGAAGCGCAGAUCAGACACCUCCUAGCCCCUUACAGCCCCAACUACACAUCGCUCAGAUUUUCCACUCUCGGCUCCUCCCCCGACAAUCCUAGAGACCAGAACAGCGCAACCGUCACCUUCCGCGUUAUAGCACAAGCCCGCAACGCCGAGGACAUCGCACCAAAUGCCUUCCUACGCCCCAUCACCGACAAUAUCAUGCAGGGCUACCCAGGCGCAACCUUCCACCUCGAUCUGCGCCAGGGCUUCCCAAAGCCGAUAUUCGAGUACUACGUGACCCUCCUCCCGCAAGAAGCCAUCACGCACCGCGUCCACCUUCCCUUCAAGAACAGCAAGAUCCUCACCAUCCCGCCACCCCCUGAAACAAGAACCUACCCAGACCGCCAACCCUGCGAGUCCGCGUCCGUAAAUCUAAACGCAUCCGCAUCGGCGGUGAACGUGGACAUGGUAACCCUAACAACCAACCCGUCCGGACCCGUUAUCGGCGCCGCCAGGCCCGCCACGGUCAACAACGGGCUUAGCCUCACCCCGCGCUGUCAAGCACGUCAAUUCGCGCGAAAUGCUGAGCCUGAAGUCUCUGAAACUGGGUUUGAGACACCAUUCGGCCCCACCGUCCGCGGCCCACUCGGCUGGCUCUGCCACGCCCGCUCCGGCGACAAAGGGCCCGACGCAAAUUGCGGUUUCUGGGUGCGGCACGCCGAUGAAUACACGUGGCUCUGUGGGCUGCUUAGCAUCGAGACCGUGGCGAUCCUUUUAGGGGAUGAAAUCCGGUAUCGCCCAGGGGCCAAAACGAACGCCGAGCAAAAUGCGCGCCCCAGCCCGAGCCCGAACUAUACCCGGGCCCGGGCAAAUGUAAAUGUGACACUGAGCAUCGAGCGCUUUGAGCUGAAGAAUCUGCGAGCCGUGCACUUCCUCUUUCGCAAUCUACUUGACUGCGGCGUGUCGUGUACGACGACGGUCGACUUUUUGGGGAAGAAUGUUGCGGAGUUCCUCAGGGCGCGGUGGGUGGAUCUCCCAGUGAGGUUUUUGAAUAGGGGCAAGCUGUGA